AUGUGGGAUUGGACUAUUUCGUCCCAUGCAACAUCACCAUUUAUCGCCGCAAAAGCGGUACACUUGGAAGUUGCAGCCUCACUUGACUUAUCGUCUUUUUUGAUCGCCUUUGCUUCGUUCACCGCCCGUAGAGGUCGCCCGUCAGUCGUGUAUAGCGACAAUGAAAUUCAAAUUGUUGCUGGGGACAAGGCAAUCCAACAAGGCAUCGAGCGUCUCAAGGAGCAGAAUAUAGUUGGUCAAACGGUGAAACAAGAAAUCGAAUGGCAUAUCUCACCACCAUUAGCGCCGCACUUCGGCGGAGUUUGGGAAAGUCUUGUUAAAUCGGCAAAGGUGGCUCUGGAAGCCAUCGGGGAAUCGCGUCCGCUUACUGAAGAAUUACUGCGUGGUUUUGUGAUUCAAGCCGAAUCACUACUGAAUGGGACUUACUUCAGCGUGGACCCUCGAGAUCCAGAACCACUUACCCCUAAUCAUUUCUUGUUAGCGCAGAGCUCGCAAAAUUCCGAAGACGACUUCAUUGAGGACGAAAAAUUAUGUUCUCGGAAACACUGGGAAGCUAUGCAAGUGAUGACGACACACUUAUGGCGCCGAUGGCUUCAAGAGUAUCUUCCCACACUCACUGACCGUCGAAAAUGGCUUUUCGAUAAGAAAAAUUUGGCUGUGGAAGUACCGUGCUCGUGGUGGCCCCGAAUUCUCACUAGAGGACAUUGGCCUGUUGGUCGCAUCCAUAGAUCUAAUCAUCCAAAUUAUGUUCUUAAGAAAAGGAACAUAAACACAAAUGCCUCUGAUCUCCAAAUAAUGGAUAUCCCGAUUGCUUCUACACAAGACCAAAACAUGGCUUCUGCAGGAGAAAUCAACAACGAUUCUGAUGUGAAUCGUGAUGACGAUAGUGAAAAGGAAGAACGGGAGGAAUAUGAAGAAUUUGAAGAAGAUGAACAAUAUAUCAACGUUGAUGUAAAUGUAAAGAAUCGAGAUCUCUGA